GAAAAUGUUUUGUUAUUUCAAUUAUUUUUAAUAAAUUGUGUAAAUGUGUGUAUGAGUGAUUUGAAUUUUGAAAAGUGUAAGAAUGGGUUAUCUGGAGGAGUGACUAAAAAGAGAAAAGUGGAUGUGUUAGUGGGAUUUGAUUUAUCAAAAUCAACAUGGAUGAGGUGUCGGUGACGGGUCCCAGUGGUAGUAAUUUAAGCGAAGGGGACCUUUGGAGCGGUGUCACUGAAGAUGACAUCGCGGCGCUGCCACCUCUUCCACUAGAAAGUGAUGGAGGCGGUGGUGGUAUUAGUCUUUUUGGUGGAAACUUUGUUCCGCCACCACCCAGACCUCUAUUUCUUGAUGAUACUGCCACCCCCGAUGGUUUAACCACUUGCGAUCUUUGUUCUUGGGCUUGGCAAAAUGGGAAUUCACUUACGUUAGAUGCUGCUAUGGAAGCACCGGGAGAAAUAGGAUGGGUUCUUACACUUAUUAUAGUUUCUGUUAUAUCAGCGGUAGUAGGAGCAGUAGUAAUGAUAAUAGUUUUACAUUGUAAAAGGGUACAAAAUACUAGGGAAAAUGGUAAUAGAAGUCGUCCACCUCAUAGAACAUCAAGAAAUGGAACACGUCCUCCAAUUAGUACACCCGACGACAAAGAAAUCAGUACAAUCACUCAAUCUUCUUAUCCAAAUCCACCGAAUAAUCCAAUAAGUAACAACGGCGUAUGGUCUUGGUUAUCAUGUAGAACAACUCCGGUUCCAUCUCAAUUGGAUUCACCAACAUCCCCUGCUGAGAACCAUUACACACACAUGGAUGAAGCUCUUUACGCGGAAUUAGACCAAGAAAGUAACGUAAACAGUAAUAGUCCUGCAUAUCAAAAUUCGGCUUACACGGAUCCAGAUGCGCCUAGUGCUCCAAGUAGCGCGUAUUAUUCCGAUUUAUCAGUGACAACAGUUCCAGAUCGAGCAUACGAAGUCGUUGGGUUAUCUACAUUGCCAAUAUGGGAAGGUGGUAGUAAUAAUGGAGAUAGGAGACAACCGCCACGAUUGGCUUCUAUAAGUGAAACAGUUAGUGUUCCUUCCGAUUAUGUGUAAAUAAAUCGAAUUAAAAAAAUAAUGAUUUUUUAAAAGUCAAUUGUAUUGUUUGAUUACAAAUUAAUUAACUAAGA